AUGAAAGCAUUGAUUCUUUUGUCGACGUCUCUCCUUCCAGUGGUGGAUUCGUUCAGUUCCUGGAUGGCCCCUCUUGGUGGCCAUUCGUCGGCUCCCUCCGCUCCAAUCACUCCUCCCCUUCAGCAAGUGCAGCCAACCCAACCAGUAACAGACAUUGACAGCUACGAGACUGCCUUUUCCAUUAUCGACGACUGUACCAUCCAGGAAGAAUCCAACGAGAAUCUGUUCCGGGCCGUCAAGUACAUUGAACACAAUAGCUACAAGUUCUACAACCAUCCCGCAUCGAAAACGCAAGCACUCUGGAAUCGAGCGCACGGAUCUUGGAAGUUGAUUCUCUCCACGGGAAGUCCCACGUGUCAGUCCUUUCAUCCACCGCCGGCCUUCUUGCCCUUUUCCUAUGCCAUGAUUGACGACGAACACUUUGGAAAUGGCGUGGGACUGAACGAUCAUACCAUUUGGUUGUCGCUGUUGCACAAGCACGAUUUCAAUCACCGCAUCCGACACAUGGUCGUCCAGGUUCAGCACGUCUUUUUGGGUGGACGCAAACUCGAGUUGCCGGCGUUUUUCUCCAAAGCAAGCAAACUACUGCGAGAACGACGACAACGACAACCCAAUGAGACGACGACGCAGACGCAAAAGAACGACAACAAGCCCCCACCCACCUUUGUCAUUUUGGGGGCUUCGGAACAUGCCCUGAUUGCACGGGGAAACCAGUCCGGUGGGUUGGCCAUUUGGAAGCGAAUGCCACACGAUAUUCGACCCAUUGCCUACAAGGGAUACGAACCAAAGAAGUAG